CGAAAUUUAAUAUAACCCGCUUCCACAAGUCCACGACGCGUCUGCCUAAGAAGAAGCAGUGCGACUUGUACUAUUAUAUACAUACCUUGUAGUAUUAGUAGUAGUAGUCAUUAUGGAUCAGUGCUCUGAUUCAAAACUCGUUUAUCACCAAUGACGUCCCUUGCAGGUUCAGAGAUCGUCAGCAAUGCUCUGAGAUCUCGUAACGUUUUGCGCGCGUCUCUCACACUGCGUAAUUGGGUUAUACGGAAUACUAAAAUGGCUAUAACGCCACCCAAGUAUCAGUUAUGGCAUCCUACACGGGGUAUCUCGUUCUCGCCUAUUACGCGGUCUCCGGUCUUGACCCCUGAAGACGCGCAAACUUCGAAUGAGGCAGCAGCAGCAGCGGACAGAACCCGCUCUGCCGCGUCUCAUCCAGGUGAUUUGGAUGAUUCCUUUUUAUAUCCAAAGUUGGAAGGGCUAUCAUUGUCGACGCCAAAGCGUAAUACGCAAGAGAUAACCAAGACCGUUGGUGAAGGUGCAUAUAUCAUUUCUUUAGACAAGCAGGCGAACUUAUCAGAGACAACGAUCCCAGAUGGACCUCCUAUAUCUGAAUUGCCGUUCAAGAUGAUGGAUGACUUGUUCUAUGCCGCUAAGAAGGCACCUGCUGGAUCUACCGGUUCGUUUUGGUCUUACAAUCAAUAUCGAGCGAUCUCGGAUGAUGGCACAAAACAGAAGGUGAAAGUGCAUUACUGUCGAAGCACCCAUACAAUGGAGAAAGUUUGCCAGGAAUUUUUCAAAGACGAGAAAGUACUUGGCUUCGAUUUAGAAUGGGCCGCGGACUCGACGAAGGCAUCAGGCUUUAGAAGGAAUGUUUCAUUAAUCCAACUGGCAAGCCCAAGUCGUAUUGGACUUUUCCAUGUCGCUCUUUUCGCUAACAAAGACGACAUACUGGGACCUACGUUCAAGGCUAUUAUGGAAGACUCGAACAUCACUAAAGUCGGCGUUGCUAUAAAAGGCGACGCAACUCGGCUCCGUAAUUUCUUCAGUGUCGAUUCGAAGGGGUUACUAGAGCUCAGCCAUCUGUAUAAGCUCGUUACCCAUUCGGCCACGGGUCGAUACAGCGAAAUCAACAAGAGACUCGUGACGUUAGCAUCUCAGGUAGAGCAAUAUUUGCAUCUACCCCUAUACAAGGGCCAGGACGUCCGAUCAAGUGACUGGACUAAGCCUCUACGUAUGGACCAGGUCAUAUAUUCGUCGUCGGAUGCAUAUGCUGGAUUACAACUUUAUGCUACUCUUGAAUAUCAUAGGAAGCAACUCGAUCCCUGCCCGCCCACCCCAUACCAUGCGGAGCGCGAUCUCCCCAUUCGCCUGGCUUAUGGUGCGUUGCUGGCCAUCAACGAUGAUCCGGUGGUAGACGCGACCGAGGAAAUGGAAUUAGAGGCUACAGCUCCCACCAAGCCGAAAAGGACAUCAUCCAAAUUACCACCAGGUACGAAAGACUCCCGCGUCGAGAUCGCCGAAGACCGUGUGGCCCGUUAUAAGAGCUCUCAUCUUAAUACGCGGGCGACUUUUGUGCAGCUUCGCGCUUACUACAUGUGGCACGAGCAGGGCCUCGAUCCUCAAACAAUAGCGGCGCUGCUACGGGAUCCUCCCCUGAAGUUAGCUACGGUUACCAGCUAUAUACUCACGGCAAUCCAGACCGAGAGAUUUCCCGCAGAUAUGGAGAGGCUGGGCGCGGAGAUUUUGAGUACGAUGUUAGAAGACACGUUGCAAUCCCGAUGGCCUUAUAUCGCUGCUCUUGUCUCGAAACCGAGUCUAUAACGCUCCUCUCGAACCCGUUAAUGACCUUGCGGUUGUACUCUUCUAGAUAGGGGAAAAGAACCCUGUCAGCUCCUAAGGUGGCUAUCUUAGGGAUGAUUAUUCGGGAGAUCGAUUGACUAUCUACAAUGGGAUAAAUUAAACGGCUCAAUAUUACUGAUUUAAUCGACUGAUACCAAGUCGCUGAUUCUAGCUUAGUAUACAACCCGUUAGAGGGUGUAUUCUAAGCUUGUUGUAUGUAAGGGUAUAACCGUAAUUAUCAUGCCGCGUACGAUAACACUAAUGCAAGAGGAGAAUUCGAUGGCCCCUUGACAAUUUCCUCCGCUGCAUUGGCGCUAUUCUCUAAUUUUGGUUAUGUACCAAUCUUCUAUUUAUAUCACGGUUAUGGACAAAAUAUGAUUUUGAAUGGCCGAGGGAUAUAGGUAUAGACU